AAUUGUCACCUAAACUAUUGAAUUUGAAAUGAAAUCUGUUUCUUCGUGCUAAAAAUAUGAUUGAUAAAAAGAUUAUAUCUGCGUCAAUCAUCGCGGUCGCAAUACCUGUUUGUUGAAAAUGUCGCCACAACUUUGAAAAUCUAAAAAUAAGGCGGGAGCUAUCGAAGCAUCUCGUUUCUGCACCUGUCGUGGUUUGCCGUCCACCAUGCGUAAACAUCUGCGAUGCCGAUCUCGAUUUUGAUUUAAGAGAUUAUUAUUCCCUGUGACUGCGCAUCAAUGAGUCGCUGUCUUUUCAAGCGUGGAAAGCUGCACCUGCUGCCCGAAACAAGACAAAAGUGUUGUUCGUUCAUCCGUGCGGCCUUAAUCGACUUCGCUAUGAGGACGAGAACGUCGCCCAUAUUGAUAUUGAUUCUCGCCUUCUUUUUGCCAUUUGUGCUUUGUCAAACACCGAUGAAUUUCUUGGUUGUGAUAGAAGAAGCCGAUUCAUCAAUCUUGGGUAUAUUAAACGAUGCGGUUCCAGAGGCAGAACGGAAUUUCGCUAACGAUAUGAUUACGGUUCACAUUUCUACCGUUACAGUAAAUCGCGAGAAUGUUGACGCGAGUUUCGAGAAAGUUUGUGCCGUUUUAUAUAAAGGAAUAAGUAUCAUAUUGGAUAUGACAUGGACUGGCUGGGACAAACUACGAAUAGUCGCGGACGAAAGAGGAAUAAUAUACAAACGUGGCGACUGCAGCAUUAAUCCAUAUGUUCAAGCGAUCGAUGAUCUUUUAAUUAUGAAAAAUGCAACGGACGUUGGUCUGAUCUUUGAAGAUGAGAGAGAGCUAAAUCAGAGCCUUUAUUAUCUUAUUGGAAAUUCGAUAAUUAGAUUGGUCGUCAUCGACGAAUUGACGGAAAGAACAGUGUCGAAAAUACGGAGUAUGCGGCCGUCGCCAUCUUAUUAUGUUAUUUAUGCUAGCACAUCGAAAAUGGAAGAACUAUUUAAAACGGCUAUUGGGGGAGGGCUCGUUAAAAGAGAUGGUAUUUGGAAUUUAGUGUUUACAGACAAUAAUUAUCACGACUUUCACAUUACCGGUGAUCUUCAAUUGAAUAUUUCAUUCACCGUUCUUACUAUGAGGACCGACAUUUGUUGCCGCUUAAUGGGCGAAGCAUCUUGCAAUUGCCCCACAAAUUUUAAGAUAUUCCCUUAUUAUUUCAAACGUUUGAUUGGCUUAAUCGUAAGCUUGAUGAGUGACGUCCAAAAGGCGGGUGUAAGUGUGAAGCCAAAGACAGGUCAGUGCGAUAAGUCCAUUGAGCCUACCUCAAUUUCGAAUAUUACAGCGGAAACCUUUAAUAAGAUUUUAAUGACGAGAUUGGACAGUAAUGACACUUUUGAAUACUGGUCAGAGAAGGCAAUGAUUACUUACAAAGCAGAGAUCGAGCUACAAACGGUUAGUCGCGGCUCUGUGGAUGCGCUCGCGAUUUGGACGAGACGUACAAAAAUUAAAGAAGCAGACGGGAAGAAAAUAGAACCAGCCAGGCGAUUCUUCCGGAUUGGAACGGCGCCGGCAGUUCCUUGGUCGGUUAUUAAGAGAGAUCCAGUGACGGGCCAAGAAAUGCGCAACGAAGAAGGAAGGGAAAUCUGGGAAGGUUACUGUAUUGACUUCGUGCAAAAAUUAUCUGAAGAGAUGCAGUUCGAUUAUGAUCUUGUUAUUCCUGAAGAUGGAGAAUUUGGCAAGAAAUUGCCCAAUGGCGAAUGGAGCGGUGUAAUAGGCGAUCUGGCUAAAGGAGAGACUGAUAUUGCUGUGGCGGCGUUGACAAUGACAUCGGAACGGGAAGAGGUCAUUGAUUUUGUCGCGCCGUAUUUCGAACAGUCCGGUAUACUCAUUGUAAUGAGGAAGCCAGUUCGUAAAACAUCCUUAUUCAAGUUUAUGACGGUAUUGAGACUCGAAGUCUGGCUAAGCAUCGUGGGAGCUUUAACUUCAACCGGUAUUAUGAUUUGGAUACUGGAUAAAUAUUCGCCAUAUAGUGCGAGAAACAACAAACGACUCUACCCCUAUCCUUGUCGAGAAUUUACAUUGAAAGAAAGCUUUUGGUUCGCAUUGACGUCUUUCACACCACAGGGUGGUGGCGAAGCCCCAAAGGCGUUAUCAAGCAGAACACUGGUUGCAGCCUAUUGGUUAUUCGUUGUAUUGAUGCUCGCGACUUUUACUGCAAAUUUGGCUGCUUUUCUUACCGUAGAAAGAAUGCAGUCGCCUGUACAAUCGUUGGAACAAUUGGCUAGACAAUCACGCAUAAAUUAUACCGUUUUGGCCAAUUCUAGUGCCCAUCAAUAUUUUAUAAAUAUGAAAAAUGCCGAAGACAAGCUUUACACGGUAUGGAAAGAAAUUACGCUAAAUAGUACCAGCGAUCAGGUAGAAUAUCGUGUCUGGGACUAUCCAAUAAAAGAACAGUAUGGUCACAUUCUGCAAGCCAUUACUCAAGUCGGUCCGGUAAAGACAACCGAGGAAGGUUUCAAGAAGGUGAUAGAGAGUGAAAAUGCAGAGUUUGCCUUUAUUCAUGAUUCGUCCGAGAUAAAGUAUGAAGUGACGAAGAAUUGUAAUCUGACGGAGGUGGGCGAGGUAUUCGCCGAGCAACCAUAUGCCAUUGCCGUGCAGCAGGGUAGUCAUUUGCAAGAAGAAAUAAGUAGAAAGAUUCUCGAUUUACAGAAAGACAGGUACUUUGAGAUGCUGGCGGCUAAGUAUUGGAAUCAGACGUUGAAAACCCAAUGUCCGAAUUCCGACGAGAACGAGGGAAUCACGUUAGAGAGUUUGGGAGGUGUAUUCAUUGCAACUUUGUUUGGUCUCGCUUUAGCGAUGAUUACUUUGGCCGGCGAGGUGCUUUAUUAUCGCAAGCGCAAUAUUUCUCAGAAAGGAAAACAACAAAAUGAUAAAAAAAUGAUAAAAAAAAAUACCGAAAACGACAAGAUUAUCAUGCAGAAAAUCGCAUCAAAGCUACAAAUGAAGGCGGCGCCGACCGAUGCAGUUUUCGGCAAACAACCAAAUCACACGCCGCGUGUUUCUCACAUUUCUGUUUACCCACGACAUUUUCCUUUUAAAGAAUAAGCCACACUUUUCGAUGAUAAUUUAUCGUAUCGCAAAGCCAUAAAUCUAUUUAUUUCACGAAUCAGUCUUUAUGCGUUUCUCUCUCAGAGACAACUUUUCUCUUUUAAAUAAAACUAACUAAGAAACACAUUUUUAAUAAAUUUAUCACAACGAUUAAGCUAAUAAGUAGUAUUCAAAAUUUUUAAUUUAUCAAGAAAUUAUCAUUAUAUAUUUACAUAUGUGUAUAUUGACCUCAAAAGUUAUCACACGCAUUCAAACAACAUUCAACAUUGUUCCGGUGCAAAAUCAUUAUUAAAUAAUAAAUUAUUGCACGGCAAAAUAUAAAGCUUAAGUGACUAAUUAUAUAUAUUAUAAAGUAUAAAGUGUGAAAAAUUUUUUUUUAUUUAUUUGAAAUUUUGAAACACUAUAAGAAUCUUGAGUUUAUAUCAUCGAUAACUAUAUGUAUACAACAUGUUUUGUUAUAUUUAUAUUAAUUGAUUAUCGUAUCGUUAAUUAAUUAAUUAAUUAAUUCUUGUUCAAGGGACUAUGUUUUUUAAAUCUACAUAUAAUUAUAUAUAAUGUACAUUUUGUUUUAUAAAGAUGUACAAUACGCUUCUUUUUAAAAAAUUUAUGCAUUAUUACAAGCGUAUCAACGCAUCACAUAAACGUAUAUACUGUAGAUAUAUUUUUCAACAAACUAUUACGCCAAAGCGAAAAUACACUAUAUGACGCGCGGUCAUUGAUCCUUGAGUACUUUCACAUUGUAUAGCUUGGCUUCCCGAGCGUAAAUAGGGUAGAAACAAUAUCAUCUUUGAUAUUCUUAUACUAUCCGUUACUUAUCCGUUUUUAAAUAUCGCGUGUGUCAUUUGUGUGACACAAGAAUACAAUUAUCGUUGUACAAGAAUACAAUUACCGCUGAUGUGCAUGAUAAAUUUGCAAUUUGUUAAUUUCUUUCGCGUGUGUAAUUAACUAUUAGUUGGUCCCUUUAAAUGAGUAAUUAAUUAAUUGAUAAUAGUUACGAAAGUGCUGUGUUGACAACGCAUUCACGGAAAGCGUGAAUUGUAAUAUAAUUUUUUCACAUCACAAUAUUAAUGUAUCUUGCAUUUAACGUAUCUUUAGAAAUUAUUAUACAAUGUAAAAUGUGCCUCUUAAAGAAAACGAUUGCGUUCAGAUUGUGUAAAAAAAAUCUUUCUUUUUUUAUUAGAAAUUUUUCUUAUUUGUCUUAUCAAUGUAAUAUUGUACAUGCCUUAUAAUCUUAUUAUUUUCACUGGUUUUCUCAUCGAAUUAUAACUCGGCGGCACGAUCGUUCGCCGAGUCGAAUUAUGUAAGCAAAAGCAAAAGUAGUUUAGGUAAUCCUUCGAUUGUUUCGAUCACUCUGAUUGGAGCGCGUCACGGUUGAUGAUUCUUUGAAUUUUUCUGACAAAAGAACAGACAUUUAUGCUUUGGUAGGGAAUAUUUAUCGUUUACCACAAGUCAAUAUAUAAAGCAUUUUACACGAAGGCGCGAUCACAUUCGAUGAGAAAGUGAUGCUGAUUGUGGAUAUUCUAACAAAAUUAUAAGUUUAUUCGCGCAAACCUCGAGCCGGAAAAACCGAUGAUCUUCAAAAAUGACUUAUUGCAAGGUCAGUGAAGUGAAAUUUAACGACAUUUAGAAAUUAUAUAGUUGAUUAUAUAAAUGUCGCACUUGCGUUCCGUGUAUUGACAUUUUUUCGCAUGCAUAUAUGUACAUACAUUGUUAUAUAUUGUAUAUAUAGUACAGCAAAAUAAAAAAGAAAAAAAUUAUUGUUUUAUUUGCAACUAUAAAUUGAGUUUUGCAUUAAAUUUAUACUACAAUUGAUGUCUGUUUUAUCCGAAACAAUGUGUGUGGACAAGAGAAGAGA